AUGAGGUUGAGAAAUGGCUUCAUAGGUUUCAGAGUGAAGGCACCGCUGGUCUGCGCCACUGUCUUUCAUUCAUAUGACCCCGGAUUCAACCUUCGGAUGGAACACACACAUUGCUACUCUGACCAUGACGACGGAGGCCAUUACCACACAGAUACCACACCCGAUACGGUCGAGUAUGAAGGCUGGUUCACAGCUGCCGAAAAAAUCUACCGAGUUGAUCAAGUCUAG